AUGUCGUCGAGCAAUCCGGAUAUUGAAAAUGGAAAAAUAGUGAAAAUUAAAAAGUAUCCUUUUGAGGAAAAGAAUAAAUGGAAUAGGAGAAAGGCCAUCGUAAUGACUCUAUGUCAAAUUGUUUCACUCAUAUUCACCUUCAUAACGUUUUAUUACUAUUACCGCUAUUAUACGACUGGAGAGAUUUAUAUUAUUUACAAGGUCACAAAUCUAGAAAUAGAGACUGAUGAUGAUAGUCGGUUUAGUUUCAUAGAAUUUUUCGGUAUUCUUAUUGGCGGUCCAGAUUUUUACUUUUGGUUAGGCAAACAUCGUGGGAAAAUAGAAAAAAAAUACAUUGACCGGUUGGGAUACAUUAUGGAUGCUUUGCAAGUAAUAAAACUCGUCUUACUUUUAGUGAUUAUGUUUAAGUUAAUAUAUUCAGAUGAUAAUGAUGUUAGAAAGCGUACUGUUGUCUAUAAAAAAUUGGCACUUAGUAUCUUCAUUAUAGCAUGUCUCGUGCUAAUGGCUAGAUCUGUGGAUGGUCUAUCUGAAUAUCAGAUAUCUGGAUAG